AUGCUUGAAGAGUCUGCCUUUAAAGACUCAAAAAUUGGCUUGACCCCAAUGGAUGAAAGACCGCUGUUGUCUCCAGAUGCAGAUGUAGAGUCUGUUGAUAAAAUAGAAUACCACUCGAUAAUUGGUUCUCUAAUGUACUUGACUGCAAGUAGACCUGAUAUCAUGUUUGUUGUGUGUCAAUGUGCUCGUUAUCAGGCUAAUAUUAAACAUUCUCAUUUAAUUGUUGUUAAAAGGAUUUUUAGAUAUCUUAAAGGUAGCCCUAAGCAGGGUCUUUGGUAUCCCAAAAAUCUUGAUUUUGAUUUAUAUGCAUUUGUUGACAACAAUUAUGGAGGAUGUGAACUUGACAGGAAAUCAACAUUGGGAGGGUGCCAAUUUUUAGGAGGACGGUUGGUGUCAUGGCAAUGUAAGAAACAACAAACUAUGCCCACUUAA